AUGCCUGUCUUGUACGCUCACGCUUUCAUUUGGACCCUGGGACUUGCUUCCUUGGCAAUGUCCGCCCCUGCCGAGAAUAUUCCCUCGGACAAGGUGUCGACCCAAAACAAUUUACAGAUGACGCCUCUUUGCGACCUGUUUUAUGAGGUGCAAACCGGCGACACCUGCUGGGACAUAAUCGUCCGCAACGAAAACACCUUCACGAUGAGGGAAUUGCUCUGCUGGAACCCAGAUAUCAACCCCGUCUGCACGAACCUCAUUCCAGGCCGGGACAUCUGCGUUGGAGUCCUGUACCCAGGCCCAACCUGCUAG